AUGCAGCAGCUGAAGCGAGUGGCGCUGAACGGCCAUCAGAAUGAGUGGCACGAGAACGACUGGCAUCAGAACCAGUGGCAUAAGCAGUACGAUUGGCGUCAGUACUCCAAGGUCGACGCCAGCACCAGCGCCGACGAGCAUCACGUUCACGAUGCCCACGAUCGCACCACUCACAACCACAUCCACGAUCGCAAGUGCAUUGCCAAGAAGGAGCAGGAGGGGGAGGAGGGCAAGGACCUGGAGGUGGCCCUGGACGAGGCGGAGGCGCCAGAGGCCCAGGAUGAGGCGGCAGUGGCGGGGUUGGCCGACGCCCUUCCCGACCCUAGACCCGACGCCCUCACCCACGCCCUCUCCGACGCCCUCCCCGACGCCCUGCCCGACGCGCAUUUCGACAAGGCCGCCCCUAGCACCGACCAGGCCGCCUCCCUCUACAAGACGGUCGGCGUCGAUCUGUGUUUGUCGCGACAGGUGACCAACCAGUCCCUUGGCUACGCGUGCGUCAACUACCACAGCGUGCAAGAUGCAGAAAGGGCGCUCCACACCCUCAACUACUCGUACAUCAAGGGGCGUUCGUGCCGAAUCAUGUCGACCCAGCGCGACCCGAGCAUGCGCAGGAACACCACUGGCAACAUCAGUGUGAAGAACUUGGACCCAGAUAUGGACGACAAAUCCUUGCACGCCACCUUCGGCCUCUUCGGGAAAUUGUUACCCUGCAAGGCG